UAUGAGAUGGAGGGUCGGCAUUGGGUCGGUGUUAACAUGAGCUCGGCCAAGACGGCAAGACCCAGACUCAACGGUCCUGCGCGGCUGCACCGUCCACCCAGUGGCUGUGUACCCACACGCUGACCAACGGUCCCGUCGGUCCUGGAACUGUUACUCUUGGGUGUGUGAAUGCGCCGCAGUGAAAUCCGCAAGUACCAGAAGAGCACAGAGCUGCUGCAAUACCCCUCAGCAAAGUUUGAGCGUUCGCCUCAGGCACCAAAAAACUCAAGACCGGCCGUGACGUGAUGACUAGUUCCAAAGAAGUAGUAGGCAAUAAGCCUCAUGCUGUAUGUACUCCGCUUCCACUUCCAAGCCAUGUAACGGCAAUGCUAAAACUUGCAAAGCUCCUCCACCACGAAGACUUUCACAUUACUUUUGUUAACACAGAGUACAACCACAAGCGCUUUCUUAACUCUCUUGGCCCCAGCUCCCUCGAUGGCUUGCCUGACUUCCGGUAUGAAACAAUCCCAGAUGGCCUUUCAGAUAACGAUACCCGCCAAGAGUUCCCUUUGCUUCAGGAGUCCAUCAGAAAGAACUUCUUGGCUCCGUUGCUUAACCUCCUCAAGAAACUGAAUGACAGGAAUCCUCCAGUGACUUGUAUGGUUUCAGAUGGUUUUAUGACAUCGACCAUCACAGCUGCUAAACAGCUUGAAAUUCCUAUCGUUGCCUUCUUUCCUUUUGCUGCAGCCGGCUUCACGGGUUCUAAACAAUAUCCUAUUUUGGUGGAAAAAGGACUUGCGCCUUUGAAAGACGAGAGCUGCUUGACAAAUGGAUUUUUGGAGAUGGUAAUUGAUUGGGUUCCAGGAAUGAAGGGUAUCCGUUUGAGGGAUCUCCCAACUUGCUUUCGAGUUACAGAUCCGAAUGACCUUGUGUUUAAAUUCUCCUUGGAAGCAGUUGAAAGAGUUCAUGAAGCUUCAGCAGUUGUUGUUCAUACUUUUGAUGCAUUGGAGCCAGAUGUUUUGAGUGCUCUGUCAUCUAUACCUCCACCUGUUUAUUCCAUUGGCCCUCUCCAAUUGCUUCUCAAUCAAUUUGCACUAGACCCUUUGAAGCCUAUGGGAUAUAGUAUGUGGAAAGAAGAAACCGAGUGCCUUGAAUGGUUAAACACCAAGGCGCGAAAUUCAGUUGUUUAUGUGAAUUUUGGCAGCUUAAUAUCCCUGACACCACAACAGCUUUUGGAGUUUGGUUGGGGACUUGCAAAUAGUAAGCUUCCCUUCUUGUGGGCAAUUAGGCCUGAUUUGGUUAUUGGUGAAUCAGCGAUUUUUCCACCAGAGUUUGAGUUUGAAACCAAGGAAAGAGGUUUACUAGCGAGUUGGUGCCCCCAAGAGCAAGUCCUAAACCAUCCGUCGGUUGGCGGGUUUUUGACGCACAGCGGUUGGAAUUCAACCAUUGAGAGCUUGUCUGCAGGAGUGCCUAUGCUCUGUUGGCCCUUCUUUGCCGACCAGACAACCAACUGUUACUAUACUUGCAAUGAAUGGGGGAUCGGCAUGGAGAUUGAUAAUGAUGUGAAGAGAGAUGAAGUGGAGAAGCUUGUUAGAGAGUUAAUGGAAGGGGAGAAGGGCAAGAAAAUGAAAAACAAGGUCAUGGAGUGGAAGAAACUUGCGGAAGAAGCUACCAGUCCACAGGGUUCUUCGACUAGAAAUUUAGACAAUUUGGUGAAUCAAGUGCUAUUAAGAAAAAGGUAGAUCGUGUAUCCAUAAAAAUAUCUACUGUUACAAUGGGAAGAACAAUGCUGUGAAAUUACAUAGCAUGCGUGAUUAAAAUAAGGACUUUGGCACGUGCAGGAGUGCGAAUGUAGAGUGUAGUGUUGAAAUCAAAAUACACAGACCUGAACAAAAAAGAAGACAACGAACCUAAA